AUGGGACUUGAGAAUCAGACUUACAGCAGCGACUUCAUUUUGAUGGGACUAUUCUUUUCUUCCAAAACAAAUCUGCUUUUCUUUUCCUUUAUAUUGAUUAUGUUUAUUAUGACUGUAGCACAAAAUACAGUCAUGAUUCUCCUUAUCCACAGAGACCCACCGCUUCAUACUCCAAUGUAUUUCCUGCUCAGCCAUCUCUCUUAUAUGGAUAUCUUGCAUAUUUCCAAUAUUGUUCCCAAAAUGGUCACUAACUUUAUGUUAUGCAGCAGAACUAUUUCUUUUGCUGGUUGUGGCUUCCAGAUAUUUCUAUCCAUCACCCUCUUGGGUGGUGAGUGCCUUCUCCUGGCAGCAAUGUCCUAUGAUUGCUAUGUAGCCAUCUGUCACCCACUGCGCUAUCCCAUUCUUAUGAAUGACUAUGUCAGCAGUCUCAUGGCUACAGGGUCCUGGCUUGUCGGGACUGUCAACUCCAUAGUUCACACAGCUUACACACUCCAGCUUCCUUUCUGUGGCUCAAGAGCUAUUGAUCACUUUUUCUGUGAAGUCCCUGCAAUGUUGAAAUUGUCCUGUGUGGACACAACACACUGUGAACGAGGAGUUUAUGUAAGUGGCAUCAUUUUUCUGCUCAUCCCUUUUUCCCUAAUCUUUGCUUCUUAUGUCCAAGUUCUCCUUACUGUCCUCCAAAAGAAAUCAUCUGAAGCACAGAAAAAGCUGUUUUCCACCUGCUUUUUCCACAUGAUUGUGGUCAUAAUGUACUAUGGGCCAUUUAUUUUCACAUAUAUGGGACCUAAGUCAUACCACACUCCAGGCCAGGAUAAAUUCCUGGCCAUAUUCUAUACCAUCGUCACUCCCACACUCAACCCAAUUAUCUACAGCUUUAGGAAUAAAGAUGUUUUGGGGGCAAUGAAAAAUAUGCUUAAAAAUAACUUUAUGGACAUUCCACAAGACCAACUUGCAACUAUCCACAGAGAAGACAAUAUUGUGAGGACUCCAGAGCAUGAAGGUGGAGAUGAAGAACCACCCUGA